AUGGAGAUGGAAGGAGGAGUGUGGGUGAGGCAAUGGAGAUGGAAGGAGGAGUGUGGGUGGGGAAAUGGGGAUGGAGGUGGGGAAAUGGGGAUGGAGGUGGGGAAAUGGGGAUGGAGGUGGGGAAAUGAGGAUGGAGGUGGGGAAAUGAGGAUGGAGGUGGGGAAAUGGGGAUGGAGGUGGGGAAAUGGGGAUGGAGGUGGGGAAAUGGGGAUGGAGGUGGGGAAAUGGGGAUGGAGGUGGGGAAAUGGGGAUGGAGGUGGGGAAAUGAGGAUGGAGGUGGGGAAAUGGGGAUGGAGGUGGGGAAAUGGGGAUGGAGGUGGGGAAAUGGGGAUGGAGGUGGGAAAAUGGGGAUGGAGGUGGGAAAAUGGGGAUGGAGGUGGGGAAAUGGGGGUGGAGGUGGGGAAAUUGGGAUGGAAGUGGGGAAAUGGGGAUGGAGGUGGGAAAAUGGGGAUGGAGGUGGGGAAUGGGGAUGGAGGUGGGGAAAUGGGGAUGGAGGUGGGGAAAUGGGGAUGGAGGUGGGGAAAUGGGGAUGGAGGUGGGGAAAUGGGGAUGGAGGUGGGGAAAUGGGGAUGGAGGUGGGAAAAUGGGGAUGGAGGUGGGAAAAUGGGGAUGGAGGUGGGGAAAUGGGGGUGGAGGUGGGGAAAUUGGGAUGGAAGUGGGGAAAUGGGGAUGGAGGUGGGAAAAUGGGGAUGGAGGUGGGGAAUGGGGAUGGAGGUGGGGAAAUGGGGAUGGAGGUGGGGAAAUGGGGAUGGAGGUGGGGAAAUGGGGAUGGAGGUGGGGAAAUGGGGAUGGAGGUGGGGAAUUGGGGUUGGAGGUGGGAAUUUGGGGAUGGAGGUGGGGAAAUGGGGAUGGAGGUGGGGAAAUGAGGAUGGAGGUGGGGAAAUGGGGAUGGAGGUGGGGAAAUGGGGAUGGAGGUGGGGAAAUGGGGAUGGAGGUGGGAAAAUGGGGAUGGAGGUGGGAAAAUGGGGAUGGAGGUGGGGAAAUGGGGGUGGAGGUGGGGAAAUUGGGAUGGAAGUGGGGAAAUGGGGAUGGAGGUGGGAAAAUGGGGAUGGAGGUGGGGAAUGGGGAUGGAGGUGGGGAAAUGGGGAUGGAGGUGGGGAAAUGGGGAUGGAGGUGGGAAAAUGGGGAUGGAGGUGGGGAAUGGGGAUGGAGGUGGGGAAAUGGGGAUGGAGGUGGGGAAAUGGGGAUGGAGGUGGGAAAAUGGGGAUGGAGGUGGGGAAUGGGGAUGGAGGUGGGGAAAUGGGGAUGGAGGUGGGGAAAUGGGGAUGGAGGUGGGGAAAUGGGGAUGGAGGUGGGGAAUUGGGGUUGGAGGUGGGAAUUUGGGGAUGGAGGUGGGGAAAUGGGGAUGGAGGUGGGGAAAUGAGGAUGGAGGUGGGGAAAUGGGGAUGGAGGUGGGGAAAUGGGGAUGGAGGUGGGGAAAUGGGGAUGGAGGUGGGGAAUGGGGAUGGAGGUGGGGAAAUGGGGAUGGAGGUGGGGAAUGGGGAUGGAGGUGGGGAAAUGGGGAUGGAGGUGGGGAAAUGGGGAUGGAGGUGGGGAAAUGGGGAUGGAAGGAAGCACGGAGAGACUGAGAAGGAAGAGCGCUGGGAGGAAGGCAGCUGCUGUGGUGAUGUGAUGCUCCACGCCUUGCCACCACCCCCACACGUGAUGUGA